AUGUCUCUGCUUUGCCUCGUCUACUGCACUCUGAGUCUCGCUCUGUUUUCUGGGUUCCUGACCACAAGUCUAUCUACAAGACUGUUGGGCACGUCUCUGCCGCCACAAGAAUCCACUUCUCUGGCGCACCUGUUGUCCAAGGCUUCUCCUCUCCUCUCCCCACCUACCUCGCUUGAUCCCAACGUCCUCUCCACUAAAUUUGACGAAAAUCCGCCACUCUCUGCUUGCUUGUGGAUCACUGAAGACGAAGUAGAGCUGGUACCACGUUGGGCAGAACGGUGGACAGGCCCCAUAAGCCUCCUCAUCGCCACCCCAAGCCCCCGCGGCUCCGCCCGACACAAGGCCCUCCUCUCCGCCCUCUUCCUCGCCCAGAAACGGCACCCCUCCCUCCGGCGGACCCUCGUCGCGCACGUCCUGCACGCGCCCCCGUCCGCCGAGCCGCACCCGAACGCGCUCCUCAACCUCGCGCGCCUCCUCGCGCCGAGCGCGACCGUCGCGCUCUUCCCCGCGAACCUCUCCGCCGCCGCGCCGCCCAAAACGCUCUUCCGCUCGCUCUCGGGCCCCCUCCCUCACACGGACGCGAACGCUCACCGAACGGGGGGCGAUGCGACGGCGACGGUGCUCACGCGGCGCGGGCGCGCGUCGUUCCCGUUCGCGGCGGGCGCGCCGCUCGUCCUCCCGCGCGACGCGCCGACGUGGUGCACGGAGCGCUUCUUCGGCGGCGGCAGCGGCGGGGAUGGAGGGGCGCGCGAGCGCGAGUGGGAGCAGUGUCUGUGGCAGGUCUGGCUUGCGGCGUUUGGGGAGGUCGGGGUGCGCCAGACGCAGGGGUGGACGGCGCUCGGUCGAUCGGAGGAGACGCGAGCUGGGGAGCGGCAGGAAGGCGGGAUGGCGGAGAGGCUGCAGGAGAGGCUGGUGGGUAGAUUCAGGAGCGAGACGUGCGCGCUGGCGAUCCGGCGAUUCUCGGCUUUGCGAGACCUGGAGAGCAGCGUGGAUACCAAGAGGAUGCGGUGGCUGAAGCGCACGUGUCGGUCGUGGAUGUCAUAA